AGCUGAGAGAGGGCCCUAACACGCAACCUUGGUGGAGCCUGUAGCCCAUAGUAGAGGAGCCUGUCGAACGAGAGCCAGCAAGCAACAUCUUGGAGUUGAGAGAAGAGUUCGGAAAUCUUUGUCUAAUAGAGAAAAUGCAGGAAGACGUACCUCACGGGACGGAUCUCUUGCAUCUGGGUAAAGCAGAAGCAGAAACAGAGGAGAAUUUGACAAUGGCCUACAAGCCUGUGAAGAAAAGGAUUUCACCGGUGGAGAUGAAAAUUUUGCUCACCGACGACAAUCCAGUAUACGAGCGACCAAGACGUAUGUUUUAUGCAGACCGGAAGAUAGUGGAUGAUGGAGAACGAGGCUAUCGACGAGAUGGAUGCAGAGAGGGAGAAGAAGUGCGUCGUCAAGCCCGGGAGAACAUUGUCGUUAUUCAAGAAGAAAAUCAACGAACUUUCAACGCAAACCGAAGAACAGAACCCGAAUAUGCCAUCGACGAGCUAGUAGCCAUUAGGCGAACGCAGUAUGGAGUGGGACUAAAGUUAAAGCCGAAAUAUCUGGGUCCAUAUAAAAUCGUGAAGAUGAGACGUGGGCGAUACACUGUGGAAAAGACUGGCGUUCACGAAGGUCCAGGUCGAACCCCGACAAUGGCUGAGUUCAUGAAAAGAUGGGAUCCCUCAUUCGGGCCGAAUGAGCGCGCAGGAUGGCCGAAUGUAGGAAAUGACGGACACGACGAACAGACAUAAUAGGAGACAGAGCGCACAGUGUAUGACCGGACUAAUACGGACAACAAUGUAACGCAACAAAAAGACCGAGAUUACCAUACCGCGAACAUACCCAACGAAGACGUUGACGAUACGAACGACAGGACAGAUAGAACAUUGUGAACUAAACCGCCAUCAAGCGAGGAACGCACAGGAACAAAUUGUCUAAGUUGAAGUAAUAAAGAAAUUGUCUAAAUUAAAGUAAGAACAAAUUGUUUAACUCGGAAUCCUACAUAUAUAAGCUCAUAUGUAUAUAAAUUGACAAAUUUAAAUUUGCAUAUGCCAUAUUCCUGUGUGCCUAGUAAUGAAGUGUUUUCUAUAGAGGAUUUUGAUUCAGCCGAAGGGAAUUCAACAAAGUUUUACAGAGCACCAGACAGACAGACAUAAUAUAUACUCCUUACUGUUAACUUUUGGUGAAAAAUGUGUCUGUGGUAAUUAGUCUUCGCGAGACGAGUACCCCUCGAAAUUACAUACGUUCCUGUCAUUGAGACUUCUCUAUACAUUAAAGUUUUCUGUUCCUUGUUUGCUGGAAGUGAUGUGGGUAAAGGGAAAAAGUACCCUUUAUAUGUUGGUGGUGUAUUGGCGGUGAUAUUA